CUGGAGGCAGACGGCAGCAGAGAGACUGGAGAGACGCAGACACACGACAGGAGGAGAGUGGACCUGAGAGCUGCGCGUCUCAAACACAUGAACCGACACAGCCGCGGACCCGGCUCUGUGCUGGGCACCCGGAGCUAGGCGCAUGAAACGGCGCCACACGGCUCUACUCACAACUUCUCCUCCAUAGACUCGUUUUUAUUUUCUCGUUGUUUCACUGGCAUCAUGGUGCUGGGCAAAGUGAGGGUCUUGGCGAUCUGUUUCGACAGUCUGAAUGAGAACAACCUGCCGGUGUUCUCCGGUGGAGACCUGGUGUCAGGGAGGGUGGUUGUGGAGGUUACCGGGGAUGUGCGGGUGAAGAGCCUGGACAUAACAGCGAGAGGAGUCGCCAAGGUCCGAUGGACAGAGUCCAGAAACUCCGGGACCAACACAGCUUACACUCAAAACUACACAGAGGAGGUGGAAUACUUGAACCAUUACGACACGUUGAUAGGAGGAGAGAGAGAUGAGGACAGUCCAGAGGAAGGCCUGACUGUUCUGCACGCCGGCUUACACGAGUUCGCCUUCAGCUUCAACCUCCCUCAGAUGGCUCUGGCCACUUCCUUUGAAGGGAAGCACGGCAGUGUGAGGUACUGGGUGAAAGCCGAGCUGCACCGUCCGUGGCUGCUCCCUGUCAGAGUCAAGAAAGAGUUCAUUGUGUUCGAGCACAUCGACAUCAACACGCCACUGCUGCUGGCCCCUCAGGCUGGAACAAAAGAAAAGACCUUGUGCUGCUGGUUCUGUGCUUCAGGCCCAAUCUCCCUCAGUGCCAAGAUCGAGAGAAAGGGCUACACGCCAGGCGAGUCUAUCCAAAUCUUUGCUGAGGUGGAGAACUGCUCGUCCCGUGUAGUGGUGCCCAAGGCUGCUCUGUACCAGACCCAGACCUUCUUCGCUAAGGGCAAGGGCAAGCAGAUCCAGCAGCUGGUGUCCAAUCUGCGAGGAGACCCUCUGCUGCAGGGGAAGAGCCAGAGCUGGGAGGGCAAGCUGCUCAAGAUACCUCCAGUGUCCCCCUCCAUCCUGGACUGUCCCAUCAUCAGAGUGGAGUACGCGCUAGUGGUGUACGUGGACAUUCCUGGUGGGCUGAAUUUGUCCCUGUCGUUGCCGUUGGUGAUCGGGACUAUACCUCUACAUUCCUGCACCACCCGCACCUCCAGCAUCAGCAGCAACUGCAGCACUGUGAACUGGCUGGGCCUCUCAGACAGACCUGAGGCACCGCCGUGCUACAGCGAUCUGGCAAUAUCAGAGUCUCACAGACGGGAUUGUCUGCAGGGCUGUGAUAGGUCUGACGGGGAGGGAGAGAACCAGGGAUCUCUGCUAACAUACAUCACAGAGUUCAGAUAUCUGCCCCCGCCACUCUACUCUGAGGUCGACCCUUACCCUGACCCUGUGGAGGCGAGCGGGGCUGCAGAUGUCAGAAGACCCAACACGUAUCCGUCCCGCUGAGGAGAGUCUGGCAGUUCUGAAGGCUUCUUGCACAAACAAGACACCAUCAAAGCUUCUCACCAGGUUCUACAUCACAGUAAACAAAGCUAGAUGCUCGCUGACCUGGGAAAGUCAGCCGUGAGAGUAUUCCGCGAUGUAGGGAACAGGGAUUUAGAGACAUGCUGGACUUUACAUUUCCUGUAAUCAAGGCAAGGCAAAAAAGUUCUCUGACGCCACUGUAUGACUCUGACAGGGGACACAGCUCACUCCCUGUGGUCAGAAAAAGCCUCCUCCUGUCUCACAGCGAGCUUUGCACAUAUGAAUUACUGUUUUUCUAUUGGUGGUUUGAUAUUCUGCCUACAUGCUCCAGUAGAAUCUGUCCACAGAUGUUCUCUUUAAUCUGAACGGCACAUUUAAGACAGGACAAAUGCAAUCUGCAGCUAAGUGACAGCUUGAGCUUACUCCAUGUGGAAACAGCCUCUUUCUGUGAAAUUCACAGAGCUACUGAAAAAGUAAGACUCCAGAUGUGUUGUGUAAAACGACCUCCUCGAGCACCUGCAGUAAAAUUCAGAUGUGUGAAUGAGAAAAAGAGAGAGAGAGUGUGUGUGUGUGUGUGUGUGUGUGUGUGUGUGUGUGUGUUUAUGUGUAUGAACAGGGUCAAGAGAAAAGCACAAUUCCGACUAACAAAGAAAGAACCACACGUCGCCUCCUGGUUUCAGCUCUGAACUAAAGCUUCUCUGGCUGUAGACUUUUCCAGAAUGUGUUAAGGAGCUGUUAGGCCGAUUUUCAUUAUUAGCUUGCGAAAAGAAAGGCAAAAGCAUAACAAAAUAAUGUUUACAGAUGAAUAUUUCAAAUUGAGAAUGUUAUUCAAACACGACUUCUUCCAUCUAAAACGUUCAAGUGCAAUAUAUUUUUGUAUUUAUGAUUGUUUUGCACCAGUUUUUCAAAUGCUCUGUUGCUCCAUUUCUGUGCAUUACCUUUUAUUAUGA